CUUACUCGUUGAGUACGUCCAUGCGCUCGUAUGUAGCGUCCACCCAAGAUGGCGAGCUUUGUGGAUUUCUUCCACAAGGGAAAGUCAUCGGUGCAGACGUUCCGGCCAAAGAAGAAGUUUGAGCCAGGCACCAUGCGAUACUCGCUGCACAAGCAGGCCCAGGCUUCUCUCAACUCGGGCAUCAAUCUGCGUGAUGCGGUGCGGCUGCCUCCAAGGGAAGACAUGAACGACUGGCUGGCUGUUCAUGUGGUGGACUUCUUCAACCGGAUAAACCUCAUCUAUGGCACCAUUUCUGACUACUGCACUGAGGAGAGCUGUCCCAGAAUGUCAGGGGGCCCAAAAUUCGAGUACCUUUGGUGCGAUGGUCAAAAGUACAAGAAGCCUACCCCACUGCCAGCGCCGCAGUAUAUUUCGCACCUCAUGGACUGGGUGGAAGCACAGAUCAACAACGAAGAAAUCUUCCCCGUCACUUGUAAUGUCCCGUUUCCGAGGAACUUUGUGCCUACAUGCAAGAAGAUCUUGGCUCGGCUGUUUCGGGUUUUCGUGCACGUCUACAUCCACCAUUUCGAUAGGCUUGUUGCCAUAGGAGCGGAGGCCCACGUCAACACGUGUUACAAGCACUUCUAUUACUUCAUCACUGAAUUUGACUUAGUAAGCCAAAAGGAGCUAGAACCCUUGACGGAGAUGACGAGGAAAGUCUGCAAGGACAUGGUAAUUCUGAGCCCCCGUCACAGAUGAAAAACAAGAGAGACGGCACCAUGCAUGGCGGCCGUUUUACUCCUCCUUGUGAUGUCUGCAAUUUGCUCUGCUGACCCCCCCACCUUUGUCCGUCAACAAAUCGUUACGUCCACUGGUUAACGCAACGUAGAUGUCACCGUAGUUACCGGUCCUAUACCACCAACCGUAACGGAACGGAAACCUCUUCUAGUCUUGCUGGCACGGACACUGCUGGUAAAAAAUUCGCACAAACUGAAGCGUUUUCUUUUUUCUCUCUUUUGUUGGCGCUUAUUACAAAGGAAAAAGUGCUUUCUUCUCAUUUCGCUACAUGCUUUCUCAUCCCUUAUUGACAAUGUUUUAAACACCUUGACCUCCUGUGUACAGCACCUGAAGGGCUUGUGUAAAUAGCUUGAUUUUAUUUUGUUUUUUUCCCACCUGCAAAAGCAUUUUCCUUUUCUUAGCAAUUGUAGUAUUGAAUUCAUAGUCGGCAUGUUAAGAAGACAUCUGUGGCAUCAAUGUCCACUCGUGAAUGGCAUGUUAUGGAGGUUUUCGUGAAUAUGAAUGCUCAUAACUUUGAAACAAUGACAUUUAGUUGACAUUGACUUGCAAUACAUAGUCUAUAAACUUUAGAGAUGCUCUAUCUAAAAAAAAUUAUGUUUAUUUUAUGCAUUUUAUGAUGCAAGUUGUGUCUUACAUGGAGUAUCCAUAUAUAUUAAUGUCUCAAAAGACAGCAACCAGACUGCUCCCCAUAGCUGUGGGUUGCAUGGUUACCCCGAAGUUGCAAUGUUGCAAUUGUUUUUUGUGAACUGGAAUUGCUCGAAGCCUUUGUACGUGAUUCCACGCUUGCUUGCCAAGUGCCUGUGGUUUGUGCGCUUGAAUUUGCAUGCAGACUAAUUGUCCGUGUCAAGACGACCAUUUUAUUAAUCAUUUUCCAUCUUUGCAUUGCAAAACUUUAAAAAGCCAGCAGCAAAAUUUUUGAUGAGCUGUUGUAUGUGGCAGGCACUUGCGCUUUGACUCGUGUCGCUUUGUAGAACUUUUAACUGUGUGCUGUAGCAAAUCUUAGUUUUGCACAAAGAGGCUCGCUGCCACAAAUUGCGGUGCUUCCGUGGCAACGCAUUACGUGCGGCAUUUUGAUUCUGAGAGUCGGGCAUGGCAUGUGAGCAGCUCAAUCUUUUUCGACGUGCGUGCAGUAGCUGAGAAGAUAGCAAUAUUUUGGUUAUAUACUACACGUUUGGUUUGUUUUACCAGCAGACGGAGAGAGCUAAAGUAGACGUAAGCAUGCAGAAAGGCAUACGUGAUUGUGGCAGGAAGCUGUUCACUUGCUGUUAACUGUUAUUCUUUGUAUAGAAAUGCCAUGUAACGAUUCACUUGCAGUAUUUGCGAGGGGCAGAAAUGCUAAAACACUCGUGUACUGAAAACUUAGUUCUCAUUGAAAUAGCUUCAGAUGGUAAAAAAAUUAGUCCUAAGCCUUCUGCUGCGGCAUCUCCCAUAGGCUCAGUGUUGCUUUGGGAUGUCAAGCCUACUUAGUUCCAAGAACAAGAAUAAAACAGGCCUGAAAAAGGCUAAGACACACACAUAUAUAUAUAUAUAAAAGAAUAUUGAUUUUGCAUGCACUAUUGUGUACAAAUGAGGCGUGAAUAGGCAGUGGCUAACUAGAACUCAUUCCUUGAUUUUCACUUUCUAUGCUUCUGUGAUUGUCAGCGUCAUUUCGGCUUAUGCACCUAGCUUUGGGGCCAGUGCCUUUGUUGCUGACUGGGCCCUUAGCAGCACGAAAUCGCACCCUUAGGUUUGUGUAAGAGCUGUUAUUGAUAGUUUGCACUUCAUUCGCUCAUUGUAGUACUUCAGUAUUUAUUUUCUGUGAGCCUGGGCACUCCUGUCUUUCCUGUGCAAGAACAUCUGCAGCAUACUGCAGUGACGGGCAUUAUUUUCUCCUUGUCCUUGUGGUGGGCUUUAUUUGCUGACUUUUGUGCACUGUCAUGUUCCUCCUCGUGUUGGCAGGUGCGCUUUUAUUUUUCCACUUUACCUUUCUCUAGGGCAUUUGCUUUUCCUUAAAAGGUUCCUGAAACACUUUUUCUUGAAACUGAAUCCAGGAAUUUCCUUCAGUAAGUAUAUUCCCAAAGAUAUUUUUUUAGAACGACCUAACA